CCCCACCCCUUUCGGUGCCCGAGUCUGGGCGGUGACACAAAAAGCUCCCGCUCCGAGCCGAGCGCCUGGCGGCGGUGUUCGACUGGGAGCGCGGAGGGCGGCCGGGCAGGUGGGGCGCCUCCCGAGGGUCUAAGCAGGGAGCUGGGGCUGCGGGCGCCGCCGCUGCCGCGCUCCCCGCGCCCGCCCCGCAGCCCUCGGCGCGCGUCUGGCCGAGCGGGUGGCGGGCGCGCCGGGACCCCCCGGCGAUGCUGCUGCAGCCGCCGCCGCCGCCGCCGCCGUCGCCGCUUCUGUAGGGAGCGCCGGAGCCCGCCGCGGAGACAGGUCGGCUGAACAAAGCUCGGGCUCAGUUGUGCUGCCUGCUUGUCAGCCUCUUGCCUCCCAAACGCGUACCAUUUCCACUUGAUGUCAUCACGCAGAAAGGGGUGAAAGGGAGUCGGUGACAGACUCAGAAAUGAACACGCCUGAGUAUGCUAGAUGCCUGUGAACUCCCCGACUCCCCGGCGACUUUGGAAAGACUGGAAGAAAGAAGCUGGCGGAGUGGUGGGCUCUGAGAACAAGCUCCUUCCCCUCGGCCUUGGCCUUCCUGCCCGCAGUCCACCAUGGAGACGCUCUCCCAAGAGUCUUUGCUGGAAUGUCAGAUCUGCUUCAAUUACUACAGCCCCCGGCGAAGGCCCAAGUUGCUGGAUUGCAAACACACGUGCUGCUCGGUGUGCCUUCAGCAGAUGAGGACGAGCCAGAAGGACGUGAGGUGCCCCUGGUGCCGGGGCAUCACUAAGCUGCCCCCAGGCUUCUCCGUGUCCCAGCUCCCGGACGACCCCGAGGUCCUUGCCGUCAUCGCCAUCCCGCACGCCUCCGAGCACACCCCAGUCUUCAUCAAACUUCCGAGCAAUGGGUGCUACAUGCUGCCCCUGCCCGUCUCCAAGGAGCGAGCGCUGCUGCCCGGAGACAUGGGCUGCCGUCUGCUGCCCGGGAGCCAGCAGAAGGCCGUCACCGUGGUGACCAUCCCGGCAGAGCAGCAGCCUCUGCAGGGCGGGGCUCCGCCCGAGGCGGUGGAGGAGGAGCCAGACAGGCGGGGCGGGGCGAAAAGCUCCACCUGGUCCGGGGUGUGCACUGUGAUCUUGGUGGCCUGCGUCCUGGUCUUCCUUCUCGGCAUCGUGCUCCACAACAUGUCCUGCAUUUCUAAGCGCUUCACUGUGAUAUCCUGUGGCUGAAGAGGGCCGCGCGGAAGUCUCUUGUGGGUGUCAACUAGGGGUUGAGCAGGUGUUGGUGAUGGAUCGCGGUGAGGAGAUGGGGGGCCACGCUGAUCAUUGGGUGCCGAGUGCUGGCCUCUGGGCUGCCACUUGAUUAACCCACGACAGACACGAAGGGCAGAAUGUGAGGUCUCAGCAAGAUACCAGGCAGAGCGCUCUGAUUAUUGGUGGCAACAGCUUCCAAGACGAUCGCAUGCAUCCUCAUAAUCAUGUAUUAAAUGGACUGUAAUUGAUGAUUUCUCAAAAUCAUGUUGCCAGAUAGACCUAUUCUACUUAGAUGUUAAACUGUGGAAGUGCAUACAAUGUGAUCUUCUCUAAAUGUGGUAGAUUAAAACAAAGAUGCUAUGUAUACAAGUAGAAUUAAAUCUGAGAAUCCAUGUAAAAAUUCAGUGAUGACAUGCAGUGCUGGUUUCUUUCCUUUUUAAAAAAAUGAAACCCAGUCUUCAUUUAGUGGCUAAGGCCUUUUAUACUUUUUGAAUGGCACCCAAAUUAAAAUAAGUGAAGUGGACAGUUGUUUUUUCAGGAGGAUAUUUGAACAAGGGUUUCCAGUGUGUUGUGUUUUGUCACGUACCUCCAUUUUUCUUCCCUUGUAAUUAGAGCUCGCUAUGUGUUUAUUAAACUGAAAGCCCAACAGGGGAGCAAUAAACUGAGUAAUAAUGAGAAAUGCCUAAUCCCAUAGGAAACCUACAUGCCAAUUUUUCUCAAGCCAUCUCACAAAAUAAGAAUUUUAAAUGUAAAUAUUGUGUAUUUGUGUGUGUGUGUGUGUGUGUGUGUGUGUGUGUGUGUAAUUUGAUUUACCUCAGGUUUUGAAUCUUUUCAGAAGAAUCCCGGGAGUAAGACUUUGUGGGCAUGAAUGAGUCCGGGGUCUAAAAUGAUGGCCACCUCAAGGGCACCGGUACCCACCCAGCGAGGUGUCACAGACACGUCACUUCCAAACUUGCUCCUCUUCUGUGUAUUCAAGUCCUGUAUUCUGUAAGGCACUAAGGGAGAGGAACAGAAGAUUCUGUCUUUUCUCCCAGUUUUGAUGUAUUGUAACAGCCAUGAGUGUUGGUAAACAGUAACAAACUUGGACUGGCGUUUUAAGACAGUCCAUGAUUAUUUUUUGAAAGAGAUUGUUCCAUGAGAGUUAACUCAUUUUGAAUUCCAGUUUCCUCUUGUUGGUACAAGUGAGACUAUCUCUUGUAUUUCAAAAUAUGUUUUCAUUGAGAAAAAUGGCAAGGUGAAGUAGCAACUCACAUUCCCAGUUUAAGUGGACCAGUUCAUCAUAAAUUCUCAGACGUUCUUAAAUGUGUAAUGGCCUAUAGAUGCUCAUGAAGAAAGAUCUGCUGGUCUUAAAUGAUAAAUUUCUAUCCCUGAAUGUGUGUACGUUCAGACAUAGUUGUGAGCUUUACAGUUCCCUUCUAGUUUCUUUUACGGAAUUCAUGAAGCAAGUGGUAUGUGCCAAGGUCUCCGCUCAUAAAUAUGUCUGUUUAUGUUCCACUGAAUCCCUGAAAAUAAGGGACAGAAAAAUAAGCAGUGACUGGCUCCAAAAAGUAAGGCUAGAAAAAGCCCUUAAGACUGAGAUAAUUUAAUUUACUUAUAUGCUGUUACCUUCAAGCAGCACAAAAUAUGCACAUUAAAGUGAUGGAAUUAAUGAGAUAAAAUGACAAUAUAAUGAAUAGAAUCCCAAGCUAACCCUGUUCAUUGACAUGAGGAUUUGAUAUAAAAAUAUGAACAUGGGUUUUUCAAAUCUUUCAAAUUUGUCAUUAGACCUUUAGGAAAUGUAUUUGAAAGCUCAAACUAGAAAUUAGGUUAAAAUGCCAUUUUAUUGUGUAAGCUAUUGGGCAUUAUAUAACAAAUAAUCUAGGAUUUAUUUGGUAUUAAUAAUUUAGGUAUCCCAUUAGCUGAAUGCUAUCCUCUAUUAUGUAACCUAAUAUACUGUUGGGUUAGUUUCAAUUUCUCAAACUCUCCCAGGCUGCCGUGAUGCAUGUCUGACCUAAUUUCUAUUCCUCUUGGAAAAAAACCCCCACAGAAAUGUUACAUUAAGAAUUCUACAUUUCAAAUGGACUUUACCCUUGCAAUAUUAAGUCAUGCCAUUUUCAAAUUAAUUUUGUGAAUGAUGUCUACAUAUGUUUAUGUCCGGUAUGAAAUGACCAGCCCUGGAGUGUAGUGUGUGAUAGAAUUCUACAUGGUCUGUAGGUUAUAUAUAGACACUAACACACGUGAUGAUACAGUGCCCUGUGUUUCUUAGUGCAAAGCUGUAGAGUACAAAUGUCCAUGUACCUUUUACUUAAAAACAACCCUGUGCUAGAGCUGCAAUUAAGCAGUGCAAAAUUAAUCGGCUCUACGAUAGAUUCUUGACGUUACAUUUUAAGGUACAAUAACAACCAAAAUCAGAAUUUUUCGUGUGAGUCUUACUGACGUAAGAACAAUUGUUUAUGUGGAUUCUGCCUGCAAUUAUUUAUUUGUGUACCUGCUUAUCAGGGUGUGCAAUCCUGUGCGUGCACAUGUCUAUGUGAUGUCUCAGCCUGCCAGGUAGGAUUUUUAUAGGCUUAAUGAUGUUUAUGUUUUUGGCAUCCCAUUGCUCUGGCCUCUUUGGCCUUUACCCAUGAUACUAACAACUCAUCUACCCCAUGUGACUCAAGUCCAGUGACACAAUCAGCCAGAAUUCACAGUUGCACAUCAAUGAAAAAACUCACAACUGAAAGCACAGAAAGAGCUGAAAGCAACCUCUGGUGGCUUCAUUUUGUAGUUGAGUCUGCUGGGGCCCCCAGAGGUGCGAGCCCGUUUGUCAUUCUGCAGCAAAAGGGGGACCAGAACUUUGUACUGCAGUUUCCUCCUUCCUAGACCUGUCGACCUCUCUGUUGGUCUAUGAUCUUUUUCAGGGAGGAUCAAUACCCUUUACUAACUCAACUAUUAAGUUUUUUGUUUUUGUAGAUUUAUAUAUUCACUUUAGUUAGCAUCUACCUCUCUGGGAAAUGAAAGGAGGGUUGAUUUAGUGAUGAGUAUAGACAGUUAAAGAGAACCAUGUGAUCUGAAUUUUUUUAAUUGCAAAACAUUGGUCCCCCCCUCCCACUUGAGCUAUAAAGGACAGUGAGUGUUGUGUAAAUAGUAAACUAUAAGAAGCAUGAAUUUUCAUCUUUAUUAAUGAUCUUGACAUAAGCAAGAGAAUGCCAAAUAUGCUAAGUAGAGCCAAGUAUGCUGUCAAAAAGCAUUGUCUUUGGAACAUUUUUGUAUAAUGACCUGGGGCAUAAGUUGUGAAAAUGGGUUGUGCAAAUGGGUUCUCAGUUCCAGUCAUACUUUACAAUCAGAAAGCUAUAAGGCAUUUCCUUUAGGAAUAUAAUUAAGUUUAAUCUUGCACAUGACUUGAGUGGGUCCCUUGAAGGUUAAAACCGUGUGCUGGUGCAACCUUGGGAUCUUCUAGAUUGACGCUGUUCAAUAGAACUUUCUGUGAUGAUGGAAAUGUUCUGUAACUUAUGCUGUCCAAUACAGUAGCCACAUUGGGUGCUGGGCAACUGAAAUGGGAUUAGUCUGAGUGAGGAACUGGAUUUUGUAUUUUAUUUAAUUUAAAGUUAUUUAAAUAGAUGCCACUCACAUGUGGCUAGUGGCUAUUAUAUUGGACAGUGCACUUCUGGAGGGUUGUGCAAUGGAAUCUAGCAUCAAAAUAUUAAUGGAGUAAACAGAGUAAGGCGAAGAAGACAGUUUGUGGUUUAGUAACAUGCAGUUGGCUUCAAAAAUAUAUGAUCUCAAGUAUGACAGUAAAAAUGCAUCAGUUGCUCUUCAGGGUUAUUACUUAGAUACUCUGGGCCAAGGAAUAAUCAGUGAAGCUUAAAGAGUGCUCGAUAAAGCCCACUUUUCUGGGAUCAUUAGCUGCAUGUGAAUCUAUUGUCCAAAAAUAGUAGUUAGACAGUAGCUCUAAAACGUUUGACUUGCAUGACCUGUACUGUAAAAUUGUGUUUAGGGUCUUGUGACCAAAAAGUAAAUGUUACAGAAAAAAAAAAAAAAAAAGCCUAAUGAAAUCCCUCUUCACUUUCAGGGUCUUACCCAAACGCCAUCAUUGCAUUAGUAAGGUAUGAAAUAAAAGAGCAAGCAGGUUUUGCAGUGUUCACGGGGAGUGUUUUGGUUUGCCCUUGAAGUCUGCCAGCUCGUCAUUGUAUUUGAGGUGGGCAUAGGUGGGCAUCAUUUUUCAGAUGCCAGACAAAAAUAUAGGUACUAUUUUUAGAGUGAGAUUUGACAUUGUUUUCGUCCUGUUUGUUUUUUUUAGUUAUCACUGAAAGAAUCGAAGAUUUGAAGCCUUGCACAAAGACACUUUGUUUUACAUUAAAAAAAAUUGUCCAUGGAAUUUAAAGCCUUGAAGGCUAUUAAAGUUACUAAAAUUGCUUUUUAAGUGAAUAAAGGGAAGCAGAAAAUUGAAUUUGAGAUAUAUUUCAUAGAAAGAUCAGACUUCCUGAUAGUCCAGUAUUUAUUCCAGUCUAGAUUUGGUUUUAUAGAGUUCUCAUAGUUUUAUUUGAAAAGCUAUGCUGUGUCUAAAUUGGUUAGUCUGCUUUUCAUUGUCUAAAAAUACUGUGAACCAAAUGCAUUUGCUUCAAUUUAGCAGAAUUGGGUUGAUUUUUUUUUUUUUUUUUUAUAUAGAGAACUCAUCAAUGGGCAGGACUCUUUAGUUCAUCCUUAAAAAUGAUUAAACUUUUUUUUGCCCAAUGAUAGUUUUUCUUUAGACUUAUGAGGAAAUUAGAGGGCUAAAGGUUAUUGGUAUGAGAGGAGUGAUAUGCCAAUGGUUUGAAUUACUAUCUUCUCUUAGAAAUUAUGCUGCCAACUAGUCAGCAUUUUGUUUUCACACAAGUGUCAUCAGUCAGUCAAUCUGUCAUCCUUGACCUAGAAGGAGAAGCUGUUCCUUACCAUUUCCACCAUUCUCAGUAAAACAUUGCCCACAAAGUAAUACGUACUGAAAGAGAAACGCCAAAGAAGAAUGAGUCAAGAUAAUUCAGCAACUGUUUUGAAAGUGGUAGUCUAUUUCACAAGUGAUGACAAGUUGCUGAAUUUUGUUAAACAUGAAAGUCUUCUAAAAAAAUAAGUGGAAAUUCAAGCUAUUGAUUUUCCUGACACAAUUGAUUCACUGUAUAUAUAUCUAUAUCUAUACAUAUAGAUAUAAAUAUAUAUGUAGACAUACGAUUUAGCUAUAACUGAAGCUAAAAAGAUCAAGUAAAAUGUUUUCCAAUGUGGGUUAUGUAAUGGUGAAUUUAGAUGUUAAUUUCUCAACAAAUGUUAAAGGCUGCAUCCAUUUUGUCAAACCAACUAUCUUUGGGAGUAUCUAUAUAACUAAGCUCUUGAGACUUUUCAAAUAUAUGAAGGGGUGGGUUCUACCAUAUACAUUUUGUUGGAAAGCCAUUGAUCAUUAAAGAAUAUUAAUGGGUGGGGCAUUUAAUUUCUGUCUUCCAAAUGACUUAUUUUUUGGCUCUGCUCAAGUGGUCAAGGGUAGAGCACCAUUAUUCUUGAACUCUUGCAAUAUGGCUCCGAUUUUUCUGCACACACAAGUUUCCUUGCACAGUCGGGCCAACAAUUUUUUUUUUCAGGGUUCACUGCCUGGGGUACCCUACUAUAUACAAUCUCACUCAUGAUGUAGUGGUGCUUGAAAACACUCAUCUCAUUAGCUGGACUUUAUUAUUCUAGUCUACGGUUUUUGAUACUAUUCAUAUUAUGAUCUUUUCAGAGACAAUCAGUAAUAUUUGGGGCAAAGAACUGAGGGGUCUCUUGAAGUCUGCAACAGCAUGUAUUUUCUUUGUUUUUCUGGGGCAUGUUCUCUUAUGGCUGUCCCCGUUCUUCUAGAACACUGCUCUAAAUUCAUCUCCAUGGGAUGUAGGGCUAGUAGCCCGUGUGAAAGUCUUCUGUGGUCUCCCUGGGAUAUGUUAAUUGGAUUAUUCUAACAAGAGUUUUCCAAAGGGAAGCUCAGUUUUUAAUUUGACAUUUGCUUUUUGAGAAUCCAGAGGUAGAUGGUUGGAUGUGAUGGUUGUGAAGGAGCAUGGGCUGUAAGAAGGAGGAAAUAGAUGAGGCAGAUGCCCCUUAAAGGGGAACAAGUUGAGAUAUUUAGGUCAUCCCUAUUUAAAAAGUGGGAGGACACAAUAGUUGGUGUCUUACCCUGUGCUUCAGAAAAUUCCUGGUUGGAUUUUCCUGGCUGAGAGAAAACCCAGCUCUUAGGUAGAUCCUGUAUGGUAGAGGUGGAGAUGUGGCAUUGGGUCUAUGGCAACAGAUAGGAAGGUAUCCCCAGAGAGUGAGAAAACACUUGCAUAAAGGGAGGGAAAUCCGUAAUGAGAUGAUAACUCCUGAACAAAGUAGAUAGAAGAUGAAGGUCAAUCGUGGCAGAAACCAGCUGAAGAAAGAAACCCAGGACAACUGGGAAUAACGUAGCCAAGCACAAUUUGUCAUUCCAGUAUGGCCCACCAAAUUCGAUUCAGGAUGUUUAAACUGAAGACAAACAGGGAAUAUGGUCAGCUGAUGAGAGGGUCCAAGGAGGCCCUAUUGGGUGUCAGCACACAAGACAAUUUCAGAACCUGCUCUGCAGCUGGUUGCUGAGUCAUUGCAGACAAACUCUAAUGACAUCCUCUUAACCAUGGAAUGCAACGCCCGUGCCUGUGGAUGUAUCCUGACUUGAGUAGGUUAAGACUAUUGGGAAGACUCAUUCAGAAUAUUUCAGUUUCUAUCCAGGUUGUGGUCAUUUAUUAUAUUUUUUAUUCCACCACUUGUUCCUGUUUUGCUCCCUUGGCAGAUGCAGGUGGGGAGGCUGGUUUCAGCUUGGGGUGGUUACAAACUCCCAUCACAUGCCAUGCAGCUGCUGCCCAGGGUCCCUGCCAUUCGGAUGGCUCCACUGGUGGGUUCCCUGGCCCUCUUGAUAACUAGUACUCCAGUCAAAUGGUUAGAUUAAUGCUGCUCAGAGGCUGUUAACUUAAGUCCUUGACAUGUUUCAUUUACAAUUAUGUGGAUUAUUUAUUUUAGAAUCUUUUCUUUUAAAGGGCCAAAUAGCCCUACAUACAAAUGAGCUGCUGGACUGUGUAGAAAAUAUUGUCCAAAUGUUGCCAAAUAUUGACUUCGUUAGGGGGGUAUCAAGCUGCUGUUUAUAAAUCUGAAUGUCUUAAAAGCAUUCUUGCUUGCUCUUUCUGUUGUAGGUGGUGUCUUAGCAAGUCCUGAGUUUUUCCAAUGAACCCGAUUUUAAUAUAUGGUAUUUUUGUAUGCCAAUCUGGUGUCUUGUCCUUUGUAUAUGUGGUAAUGUUGAUUUUAUGACUACUGUUAAAACACAUUUGCUAUGAUUAAAAUUCAUAAAACGAUUUCAAA